ACCAGUUCUCUAGCAGUGUGUUAUCGUUUUUAAUGGCUAAUACCGAUGAUGUAGCGCAAUUUGCUUGAUAAGAUGCCGGUAUUAAAAGCGGAUACCUAUGUACUCAUUGUUGGAGCUGGACCUGUAGGUGUGACCCUUCAGCUGUUGCUCUCACGCAUGGGAGUGCCAUGUCUGCUCGCUGAAAGGAAUAUCCAUCCACGGUCUCACCCACGAUCGCAUUAUGUCAGCAACCGUUCCACGGAAGUAUGGCGUCAACUGGGCCACCUAGACAAGGUUGUCGAGUGUAUUACGGAGCCUCUAAAAUUCUGGGCGUCAAUGCGUUACUGCCGCCACAUUGCUGACCCGCACUUAAACCUCUUUGGCACGGUAAAUCACUUCCGAGGCCACUAUACCUACGGUGAUACGUAUCACGAGGAGUUGAGUCCAGCCAGGAUCACCAACAUAGCGCAGCAUAAGUUGCUGUUACUCUUAAAGGCAGCCUCCCUUACAAGGUCACCCGUCUAUCCCGACACGUCCGAUGAACGUUACAUCGCAUGGCUCAGGGACCAUUACGACCAGGUUAUGCGCACAAGUACGUUUGAUGACGCUAAACGCGCCAAGCUGAGAGCUCUGCGCGGCCCUACGAUAUUCCCGGAUGGCUUCGACUCGGUAAAACGGACACUGGAUCAACGUUGCGGCGUGCCGUUUGUUGACGGUGGCCUAAUGUUUGAGCGUUUCAUUAAUGAAGACAUGUCUAAGGGCGUUGUCUCCGAGCUCACGUGCCAACGUAGGAAGGUGAAAGUCCAUGUUAACAGUGCGUUCGUGGUUGGUGCCGACGGAGUACAUAGCAGGGUACGGCGGUUCUUAGACCGCCGGAACCCGGACAAGCAGUCACAAGUCCAGGAUACGAGUUUAUUACGAGACGUCAUGAGCGUAUACUUCACAUCGGACGAGUUGGGACAACUAGUUAAGGCCAGCCCGGCCAUGCUCUACUUCAUCUUCUCACGUUGCGUCAGUGUACUCACAUGCCAGGGUGGGUCGCCAGCAGAGUUCGUGGUACAGAUACCGUUCUUCUCGGAGAUGGAGGACUCCAGUGGCUAUGACGUGGCAAAGUGCACAGCGUGUAUCAACGAGUUCGUCGGUACCACGCUGUCCGAUCUUCGCGUAGUUAGUAUCAAGCGCUGGAGGGCAACCACUGAAAUUGCACCAUCCUUCGUAGACCCAGAAAGUUACCGUGUCAUGGUUGCCGGUGACUCAGCUCAUAUAGUUACACCCGCCGGUGGCCAAGGAAUGAACAUGGGCGUCGCGGACAGCUACAACCUAGCGUGGCGUAUAGGCCGUAGCUUCUAUCAACGUGUGUUGCGUGGUGGCCCCGGUACCUCAGCAGCCGAUGUUAUCAAUGCGGAGAUGACCCAUGAAGAGAAACGUUCCAUGGCGGAUUAUUCCCGUGAACGUCUGGCUGUUGCAGAGCACUCGCGAGAUGUCUGUCUAGCGGAAGUUAUACACGGGUCGGCCUUUGCACGCAGUAUACGGUAUAACCAUGGAAUUGUACAUCGUGUACUGGAUUGGAUGCCGCCACUAGGGCCAUUAACCUCACGAACAUUGUACAGUGGCAUGCAAUUUGUUACAACUGCGAUGAAGCAUUUGUAUUCAACACCGAAGAUGAUGGACACGAUUCGCCGUGGACCUGGAGCAGCCCUUUCUGAUGGAGAUUCGCUGGGACUUACUAUACCAGGCGCUGACCUGGGAUAUGCAUAUACAGAUGGGCCUGGACUGAAGCUAUCAGCAUCGUAUCGAACUUAUGAACCCACAGCCAUAAAAGGGCUCCGCCUACCUCAUUGCUUCGUGUACUCCACCCUGGACAACCAAGUGUACAGGCUGUCCACGGUAGACCUGCCCUCCUUCAUGCAGCCUGCGGUGUUCCAUGCCUUCAUAGUCUUCUCUGAUCAGAUGGCACGUGAAAUAUACAAGGCGCUGUGUGAUGCCACUAGUGAAUUGCGUAGCCUCUGUUACAUCUGCCUGUGGAGUACGGAGUACACGGUUGACGCUGGUGAUAUAAAUGACCAGCCGCUGAUACUCGAGGCUCCCGAUAUAACCCGGAUGGGCAUGGAUAUAGCCGCGGAGCUUUUAGGGCAACGCGUACAGCGUUUCAAGGCCCCGAAGAUGCGGUAUACUAACUUUGUGUUCCAGGGUAUUGACUCAGGGCUCCCGGGUGCCGAUGACGUCAUUAAAUCUAUGGGCUCGUUAGUAGAUUCCUACCCUAAAGUGCCCCUAAAGGGCAUAUUCAGCAGCAGAAGCACACUGGAUAAGUUUUCACAGUUUAUAAAUGGGACCGAGAGCGACAUGUCAAGGUCGCUGAUAGUACUACGACCGGAUGGCCAUAUCAAGGACUACGUACCAAGCGCGGAGCUACCGUAUCUAAAAGAUUACAUCGAGCAGUUAAUUAUAUAGC